UCUUUAGGUUAAUUGAAGGAAACCAUGGCCGCUUACACUCGUGAAAAAUAAGGAGCGUAAUUCAAAAUAUUAAAAAUGGCAUCAAUUUUAGAAUUAAUGUUGCAAGAGAAAGUUUCACCGGAAAAAGUUGUCACAUGGCUGUGCAACAAGUCAAAUACAGCAGACCUAGAAUGUCUACAAGAUUUAGAGAACCUGAAGUUAGAAUUCAUCCCAUUCUUCCUGAACUACCUAAGAGAUCACACCAUUCAUUUACUGCAGACAUCGAAAUCUGCAACUCCAUCACCUGCAAAAACUCCAUCACUGAAAAAGAUACAAAAAUCAGUGAAGAAGACAAAAGAAAAUGGCGGGAAAAGGCAGCAGUUAUUUGGAGCAAGUCCUGCAGGAGAUGUAGAUGAAUUGCGUAAUCUUCCAGCAUCAGUGUUCUCUCCAAAUACUUCUCUUGAUUCACCCGGAAAUGUUCAAAUAAAUCAGAAAGGUGAUAGAAGUUAUGGAAAGGGAAAUUUUAGGUCAAAUUAUGCUAGUCAGAAGUUUUCACCACAGUGUGGGAGUCAGAGGUACACUGGUCAGAAAUGUUCCCCUCAGUGCGGCAGUCAGAGGUCACCGUAUUCUCAGGUAACUCCUGAACAGAGGUCCAAGCAGAAAUUUAGUCUAGGUGAAUUUAUGAACACCCCAGAUCAAAGUAAUAAUGCAAAUGGAUGGAAAAGAAAAUCACCACAUUCAAGCAGUAAGAAAGACUUCACUUUUGAAAUUUCACCUUCCCCAUCUCUAAAUCAAGGGAGGAAAUCUGGAGGGAAAAAGAGACACAGUUACAGCCCUUUAGUUCAAAAUGUUACCCCUAAUUUUAAAGAGGAGAAUAAAUCAGCUCCAGUUUUUAGUUUAACAAACGCGAAUGACUUUCCCCCAAUGGGAAAUACAACAUCUGAAAAUCAAGGAAAAAAGAACAAUAAUAGGAGAUCUUUGGAUUCUAGUAUUCAGACUUGCCAAUCAAGUGACGCAAAAAUUUCAAGAGUUAUAAAUUUUUCAAACAGUGAAUCAAGCACAUUGACAACAUUUCAGAGAGAUAGACUUCAAGAAGUUAAAAGACUGUCACCAGUAACAGUACAAACAUCUACUCCUGGGCCAAGAAGGAUAACUCCGACUGUAGUUAAGGCAGAUAAUUCAGUGCCUCAGAAUUCAGCUUUCCUUGUGCCUAUUGAAGAGAAUGAAUCUGUUUGGAAGUCCAAUUCUGGAAGUGCUUCAGAUAAACAAACUGUUAAUGAAACUGUACACUUGUCAAAAGGAGAGAGAGAACUCCUGAAAGAAGAGAAAGCUAGGUGCCAUAGCCAGUUACCCGAGACAGGUCCUGUAUCUCUACCAACACCAACAAAACAGGCACUGGAGCGGGGUUCAAGUGUCUCUGAAAUUGUUGAAGCAUGUUUAGCAGACAUUACACAUCAAGAUAAACUUGAUAUACUUAUAGCACUUUAUUCGAAAUGUUUAGAUGAUAACUUGCUGCCAAAUGUGAUAGUGGAACUGUACUUCCUGGUGCAGUUGUUAACAUCUAGAGGAGGAGGUGUUGAGGAAACAUUUAUAUAUGGAGAUGAUGUGAUAGAAGAGAAUUACUUUUCCUCAGUUCAUAACACAGUAUACUUUGCUAUUAGUGUACUGGAGCAACAGAAAAGAUUGGUGAGAAUGUUAGAUAGAUGUACGCUGUAUCUGCUGGCAGAAAAUCAGAGAGUUGCUACAUUUUCUGCAGAACUUCAGAAAUUCCUGGAGGAAUGUUAUGAAAGAGCUGAAUUGCAGAGAGGACCAGCAUUCCCACAUUCUCCGAUUGGGACAGUCUCAUUUCAGGCUGAUACAGAUAAUAGGAAGAAUUUUCCAAAUGACAAAUGUUUCCAUCUGUUCAAAAGACAAAGGGAUGGAUUUUAUGAGUUGAUUCGGGAGUGGGAGGCUAGUCGAAUGAACCCUAACUACAACAUGGCAGAGAUGUUUGGUGGGAGAGUGCGAGCAUUAGUCAAUGUUAGAACUGACCUGGCCAACCUGAUACACUUUGCACGACUUUUUCAAUCUCAACUUAUUGCAAUGUGUAAGGGAGAUGGAAGUAUACGUAGCAGUGAUGAUGAUGAGAAUAUAGCUUUACUCAGUCAGCUCAAACGUACAAACCCUGAGAAAUUCAAAAGAUUGCAAGAACGCUUUAUAAAACCGUUAAGUUUUGGUGGUCCUUGUCCAAACCCUUCUUUCCCAGGGAUCCAAGAAUUUUUCCGUGACUUUAUUGUGGUAGCAUGUUGUCCGAUGCUGAACCAACAUUUAUGUGAUACAUUCUCGGCGAAGGUUCUCGAGCUAAAUGAAACCACCUUCACAAACCAUGAUGAGGAAGAUGCCCCUACUUCUAAUGGUGAUGAUGAGGAAAAGGAGAUGUUUGUUACAGUGCUGUUGAGUGUAAGACUGGUUGGCAAGUUUCUAGGUUUUGUUACAUUUCUACCAUACCGGUCUCCUGAUAGAAUGCCAGACAGUAUGGAGACUACAUAUAUAACCAUCAGAAAUAAGCAUCAGCCUUCUAUAGACCUGCUGGAGUGUCUGAUAUCAGCCAUUACCAGAGGUACCUUGUGUCUGACAAUACCCUGGGUGGUAGAGUGCCUGUCUAUGAUGGAUCCACUAGCACCAAGGCUAGAUCACUACCAGACUGUCCUCUAUCUUCUCCUUUAUAUACAUAGAUAUGUAUGGUCCCAGCUACAGGAUGAGAUGUGUUAUGGGAACCUAAUGGUGGUAGCUAUGAUGAGUUGGCUACUGGAGAAUCCUGUUAUACCAGAUGGAUUGUUCUUCAUGGAGAUCCCAGAGAAUAUUCUACAGAAAAUACAGGAUCAUUUUCCUAGUCUAGCCUCACUGGACAACCGGAACUUUGUGGACCAGACACUGUUUUACAAGUGUUGUCCUUACGUUGGGGAACUGAAGACAUUGCUGGUUGACUUUGCUGUAGGCAGCAGUAGUAAGGUGACCAAUGUUAGAAAGAUCACACCUAUAUCAGCUGAUAUACCUGUACAGAAAUCACUCACAGACAGACAGCUACAGUUACAAAUGGAGGAGAAUUUUUUCCACAACCACCCAGCAUCAAUGAAGAGAGUUAUUGACUUUGUGGCAGAUAGGACAGCAUCAAACUUCAUCAAGAAUUUCCGAGCAACGUUAUUGCAAGAAUCACUAGUAGAUGGGAAGGAGAGAGUUAUAAAACAGAUGCACAGUCUACCUGAGGGUUCUCCUACCAGCAAAAUGAAAGACAGAGUGUUACAAGUAACAAACAGAGUUGCACAGGAGUUAUACACCAAAGUUAGAACCAGUGUUCUUACUGAAGCUCCAAAGUACUGCCUGAACAGGAUACCAGUCUUGUUGACAAUGUUGUUACCUGAUGACCAGUCUAAAGUUGUACUAGAAAUGGCUUCUAAAAUAUCAGAAAGAAUUGCUGAGGAGAAAGUCAUCAAUUGGUUGAAUAAACAUAUCUCAACAGCCAUGUAUCAGACAGAGAUUAUGCCUGAUUUAGAGAAGUUGACAAAGUCUAUGAGCUCCUCCAACCUAAAGGAUAUACCGAGUCCAGGCAACAAAUCUGUAACACAGUCUGCUGAAAACAAAACAAGGACACAGUCUGGAGAAACAGGUCACAUGACUGAUUCUCUGUUACCAGUGACUCAUGAUGAAACACUGAAGCAUCCCUCAGAAAUUCUUAUUGAAUUUAAGGACUGUAUAAAGAAUAUGACAUUGCGUGGCUGGUCCCUACCUGACGAGAAGAUAUCUAAUAUUCUAGGAGAGGUGAAGCAGACAAUGGAACAUAGGCAGGACAUCCUACCUUCUGUACACCGAUCCUUCACACAACUCACAGUAGAACUGGUUAUUUCAUUGUUGAUACACCAGCCAACUUCCUACACAAGAACAUUGAUAGAUACAUGCAUCAAGCUGUGGAAAUCAUGUCUCAAUGACGUAGCAACUCUUAACUUAGUGUUCUCUGGAAGGAUUGUGUUUAUGAUACAAACAGUAGAGAAACCACAGUUUAUAUGGGAAGAAUACACGAAGUUACUGUUGCUGUUGUUCAGAGAGGAUAUUAUCAAACCUAGCCUGAUACAGGAAACUGGUCUUAAAUUCAUUCCAAAUGUACAGAAUGAAGAACUCCUGUUAGGACUGUGCCAUUGUUUGUGUUCACUUGUGAAGGAGGUCCCGGAAUUUGAGAGAGCUGAGACACUUGGUGCUUGUCUUGAAGUGUUGUAUAACAGGUUACCUGGAGAGAAGAGUAAGGAGGCAACAAUGAUACUGGAAGUUUUAGGCGUCUCUGACCAUGUGAAAGAUCUAGAAAAUGACAUGAAUCAGUUAAAUAUAUGAUACUUGAAGAUUGUAGGGUUAUAUGAUUAAGAUUCCAGGGUCCAGCAUCAUACCGUAAGUGGGUAUUUACAGGAAACGCAAAAAGUAAUGUUUUAGGAUUUUUUAUACUGAAAAUGUCAAUCAUCAGUUGACAGUAGGUCCUUACUAUACAAAACAGUAAGGUGGUCGGCUUACAUAUUAGCUGCUGCAUUUGCCAUGUAAACUUUUGUUACUUAUAAGCUAGUAUGGCUGCAGAACAGAAAAUUUAAUGGUUAAAUCAUUGAAAUACUUGAUCAAACAUCGAGUUCAUGAAUAAAGAAAAUGUUUGUGUAAUGUUUAAAGCAAUAUUUAGACUUCGAUUCAUUUGUUUGAUGACAAGUUUGACUUCAUGUUAAUUUAAAGGAUCUUGAAGGACAAGAUAGUACAGCUUGUGAAACAAUACUUAAAGGACCACAAGUCUGUGAUUACCAUCUUGAAAUUCAUUACCUUAGCAAAAAAAUAUUGAACCUACUUCUUUGCUCUAUACAGUUAAAUAUUUUCUUGGUGAGGCAAAGAAAUGAUGUUGGCUGUCAGGACAGUGAAAGAAUUUGAAGUUACUUAUAUACCAAGAAGUGCCAUGAAGACUCAGUUCUUUCCUGCUGUCAGUUUGUCACCAUUAUGUGUUCUAAAACGAGACUUGUGUUCAUUUUUACAGCCAUAUUUGUAUUUGCCAUUGCUAUUUUUGUGUUAACAAGCUUCCCAGAGAUCUAUGAUAUUACACAGGUGCCAGCCCAUGCCUGAACUAAUUCCUGUAUUGCAACUUUGGAUACAUUUCACACAAAAAUAAGUGUUGAGCAUUGAACUGUUUUCAGUUUCAAUAAAUGAUUCUUGAUAGAGGAAUUUUUUUGAAAUUGACAAAAACAUCUUUACAUAUGCAUAUUUCAGUAUGUAUUCUUGGUGCAUUAGAAGUGUCAUGUCUUUCAUUUGUAUAUAGAUGUUAAGGUAAUUCAUUGAUACCAGAUGUUCUGUGAUAAUUAUAAUCUCAUUUUGUGAAUUAUAUAAAUAAUAAAUUGUAAAGGGAGA